AUGUCCUCCAACCAGGACGAUGGAUUCGGAUAUCAUCCAGCACUUCAAGACGCAUAUAGUCGGCGGCUAGAUGUGAUCAAUCGGGGCUUCUCUGGCUAUACAUCUGCUAUGGCACUGAAGGUCCUCCCAAAAUUCUUCCCCAGGCCAGAAACGGCGACCGUCCGAUUUCUCGCAAUCUGCCUCGGCUGUAACGACGCCGUAAUGGCCGGAAUGUACCAACACACCCCAUUAGAAGCCUACAAAAGCAAUCUUCGCCGAAUAGUUCAACACCCGGUUGUGAAAGCCCAAAACCCAAGAAUCCUCCUGCUCACCCCACCCCCCGUCAACCAAUACCAGCUCGAAGACUUCGACGCUUCCGAAGGCGUCCCACAUCCAAGUCGGACAGCCGCACAGACGAGAAAGUAUGCUGAGGCUGUUAUUGAGCUUGGGAAGGAGCUAGAUGUGCCGGUUGUAGAUCUGUGGAGUGCGUUCAUGAGAUAUAUUGGGUGGAAGGAGGGUGAUGUGUUGGUGGGGUCGAGGGAGGCCCCUAAUAAUGAGGGUUUUGAGGCGCUUUUUGCGGAUGGAUUACAUUUGACAGGGAAGGCGUAUAAGAUUGAGUUUGAUGCUGUGAUGGAGGUGAUCGAGCGGAACUGGCCGGAUCAGGUUCCUGAGAAGUUGGAGAUGGUGUUUGAAGAUUGGAGAGAAGCUCCAAUGUGA